CACCGAUGAACCAGGUCGACGGGUGAGGCACGUACGUUGUGCCACAGUAUAUGAACACGCGCGCCGGCAUCAUUCGACUCGCUCACGGGCUGUGGCCUCUGCUCAGACGACUGGGGCAUUGCGAGUGCCGUAUUACGACUCCGGCUAAACUGACCUACGCCAACCUCGGACGACUAGACUAGCGCCAGUGGCCAGGCAACUCUAGAUCCAUGGCGAUCGGUGCUGACCUGCUCCGGCGCGUCGAGCUUGGGCACGUGAGCAGAUGGAUUAACGAUGACAUCCGGCCGAUUGACUCGGCGCGGCGCACCUGGGGGUUCUGGAUGUAUCACAACUUCUGGCUCCUGAUCAACUGCAACAUCGCGACCUACCUGACCGGCAGUGCUCUCAUUCCGCUCGGGCUGACAUGGUGGCAGGCAAUUAUCGCCAUUGUCAUCGGCAAUAUUAUCGGCACCGUCGUCGUCGUUGCCAACUCAAUCCCCGGAAACACAUAUCGCAUCGGCUUCCCCGUCUUUAGCCGUGUCGCUUGGGGCAUGUGGGGCUCGCAGUUCACGAUUCUCAACCGCAUCUUUCUGUCCUUCAUCUGGUACGGCUUCACCUCGUGGGUCGGCGGACAGUGCCUGCAGGUCGUCCUGCUAUCUUGGGAUCCGCUAUUAGAGGACCAUAUCCCCAACACUAUGCCCGAGGAGACCGGCAUGACCACUGCGCAGUUUGUGUCCUAUGUCAUCUUCUGCGUCAUCAGUCUUCCGCUGCUCUGGAUCCGGCCCGAGCGGCUCCAAUGGUUCUUUUAUAUCUCGAGCGCUUUCACUUUUGUCUUCUUCCUGGUUCUGCUCAUCUGGGCGCUCGCCACGAUGGGCUCCGCCGGUUUUGGAGAUACUCUUUCCGAUGUUGUUGAGCUACCGACUACCGGCGGCCCACAAAGUGUUGCCUGGCUGAUGGUCUACGGCAUCGUGUCGACGAUUGGCAGCAUUGCAGCUGGCCUACUGAACCAAUGCGACUACACUCGUUAUGCUCGCCGCUCGCGCGAUGCUGUGUUGGGUCAGGGCAUCGCCUUCCCGGUUUACGGCAUUCUUGCUUCCGUCAUUGGCAUUCUCGUCACCGCCGCGACGCAGCCUCGUUUCGACGGGGAAGCCAUCUGGAAUCCGCCCACUCUGUUGGCUCGCCUCAUUGCAGACAAUCCAGAUUCUCCAGGCACCCGCGCAGCAUGUUUCUUUGCCGGCGCGGCUCUCGUCAUUGCUCAGCUCGGGUGCAAUAUUGCGGGUAACGCCCUCGCUGGCGGGUUCGACCUGGCGGCCGUAUUCCCCAAGUACCUCAACAUCCGUCGUGGCGCUUACAUCACCGCACUCCUCAGCGUUGCCGUGAACCCCUGGAGGCUGGUCAACACUGCAACGACGUUUCUGGCGGUGCUUUCGAGCUACAGCGUCUUCCUCGCACCCAUGACGGGGAUCAUGAUUGCCAGUUAUUAUGUCGUCAACCAGAGCAAGCUCUGUGUCAAGGACUUGUACGAAGGGGGUCAACACAGCAUCUACUGGUACACGCGCGGGUGCAACUGGAGAGCCCCUGUUGCAUGGCUUGUCGGUGUCGUCCCGUGUCUUCCCGGCUUCAUUGCCGCCGUCGACACGAGUGGCAUUGCCGAAACGAUUUCCGAUGGAGCUGUCGAGCUAUACUACAUGUCCUACAUAUACGGGUUCCUGUCCGCCGGCGCCGUCUAUGUCUUGCUGCACCAUGUCUUUCCCGCAGCGGCUGUGCAGGGUUUUCUCCGCACCGCGCCGUCUCGCAAGGUCCUGGAAGAAGCGGUCGACGCUGAGUGGGACGUGGCUUCCUUGUCCGAUGUAGAGCAUCUUGCACACCCUCCUCACAGCGCCUCCACUGACGAAGCUGCCAACUCUUCAGCACCACGCAAAGAGGCGGACUCGACGGAUCAUCCUAUCUCGGCAUAAUUUCAGAAGUGCGUUGGAUGGCAAGAGGCUGGCACAAUAUUGGAUUUAUUUUUGACUUGGGAGCGACAUUAGACAAAGAACAUAGAUUUCAAUAGACAUCAUUUUUUGCUCAAUCUACUUGGUGGGAUGUCGCGGCCUCACGUCCGUCUCCGGCAAGCGCUACGAACCAUUACGUUCGCCACAUCUAGCCAAAGACUUGCUCGCGAUCUAUCAUUCUGAUACUGGAAAGAUAAUAG